UUAAAACGCUUUAAACGGGCAUGCCGAGAGAGAAGCAAUUAUGGCGAAGUUGAAUUUUCUCGUUUGCAUUUUGUUGCUCAUCGAGACUAGCGUACUAACGUUAGAAAGCUUGGAUCGCGGGCAAAAUCUAGAGUUCCAAGCACUGCCAGCAAAACUGAAUGUUGAAAAAAUUAAGGUUUUGAAGGUGGACAAGCAAGAUGACAACUCGACAGAACAAGUUGACUUUAGUUCUAGGGAUGUUUCAAAUGAUGCUUUUGAAGGGAACGACGCUGAUGUUGAAGAGGACGAGGAGGAGGUGGAGGAUUUCGUGGAUGAGGAGCUCGAACAGAGAGAUCUUGACAUGAUGCUUGAUGCAACCGGUGGAGAAAGUGACGUUGAUCUUAACCACCGGUCAUUCUUUGGAUCAAUAAGGAUGGAAGCAGUUAAGAAAGCAUGUAAAUAUCAAUGUGACAAGAAAUGCUACGACCCUCACCAACAACAAUGCUGCAAAAAGAAAAUCGUUAAACGUCCCUGGCGCUGCUGUGCACAUAGCUGUGGUAACGUCUGCUACGACCAAAAAACCAAGCAAUGUUGCAACGGCAAGGUCAUUCUGAAAUCACAAAACUGUGCUGGCUGUGUUAAUAAAUGUGGAAGAGCGUGUUUUGACCCAAGAAGAGAAAAGUGCUGUAAUGGUAAAGUUGUUUUGAAGAAUGCACCUUGUUGCAAACCUGGGUUCCAUCUAUGUGGUCAGCGGUGCUUCGACCCUAGGCAUCAUAAGUGUUGCCAUGGUAUUGUCACUCCAAAGAAUUCCGCUGUAUGUGGCCAAAGGUGCUAUGACCCAAAAGUCCAUCAUUGCUGUAACGGCAGAGUCGUGUCGAGACGAGUACCCUGUUGUUACCGUUGUGGUGGAGCUUGCAUUGACCCGAGGUUGCAUAAAUGCUGCCAUCAAAGGCGCAUCAGCAGGAACGUUCCUUGCGUCUCUGGACAAGGAACGCCUCUGACGAUAACCCAAGGACUAAGUGCUAGAAGAGUUGGUUGUUACAGAGACACGUGGAAUCGUGCCAUUCCAUCAUUGGAAGGUAAAAGUUACAUCCUGAUUGGAAACUACCAGAAGAGACCAUUUGCCAUCGAGAAGUGCGCGUUAGCUGCUGCUAAGCUUGGAUGGAGUGUUUUUGCAGUACAACACCAAGGAUGGUGCGCUUCUAGUCCAACUGCAGGACRUWCCUACAAGAAGUAUGGACGAUACAACACUUGUAGAAAUGGCAAGGGAGGACCGUGGGGGAAUGAUGUGUAUGUACUGGAAGGCAAUGCUGCUAAGAAGACGACUUCAGGUGACAUCUGUGUCUUUCCAUUCAUCUAUAAAGGAAAGCUCUACAAUGGCUGUACAAGAGUAGACCACAAUCGUCCAUGGUGUGCUAUAACACCUAACUAUGAUGUUGACAGGCUUCGAGGAUACUGUUAGAAUACUAGUGUCUCCAAUGGAUUUCUUUUACAUUCAUAAGCUAAAAAUA